CCAAUUCCUCAGUCUUUACCAAGCAAACCAAAGUGUUACAUAAUAUUUUUAUAUUUAAAUAGUUAUAAAUUCAGUAAACAAAAAUUAUUCAAAAUGAAGCUAUUUGUUUCUUUAAUAUUACUUUUAACAACAAUAACAGUUGUAAUAACUGCUAAAAAAAUGAUACAUCCGACGGUAAACAUUUGCCUCCGUAACGACCCGAAUUUAUCCGCGUGCUUUAAGGAAAACUUCAAAAAAAUGCUACCACUGAUGAAAUCAGGAAUACCGGAAAUGAACAUUGUUCCAAUAGAACCUGUGCACGUUGAAAAGGUGCGCAUGGACUUCCCGCAAUCGCAGUCAGUCAAAUUAACAGCAGAUUUAAAAGACAUGAAAGUCUGGGGCUUAGGAAGUACGAUUGUUGAUGAUAUUACAGUACAAUCAAUUGGGGAUACUUUAACAAUGAACAUCGACUUAAUUAUUCCCAGUAUUACAAUGGUUAGUGAUUAUACUGCUGUUGGGAAGUUUCUUGUUCUGAAUAUUGAUGCAGUGGGAAAUUAUACAGGAGAUUUCAGGGAUCUUCACGUAAAAACAAAAUGGACCUCUAAACUCUACAAAAAGAAAGACCGUGACCAUCUCUCCUGGCAAUGCAACAUAGAACAGCUAACAAUCAAAAAACUAAGCAUACAAUUCAACAAUCUCUUCGGCAAUCAAACUGAGCUCACCGAUAACACCAAUAAAGUCAUUAAUGAAAACAUAGACUCUUUAUAUGACGAAAUCAGCCCAGUAAUCAAAGAAACAAUCAAUUCAGUAGCAACAAACAUUGUAAACCAUGUUUAUGACUUAUUCCCACUUGAUGUACUCUUUCCAAAAAGUUAAAAACGUUUAAAAAAAAGUAAAAAAUACAAGAUGUUAAUUUGUAUACAGAAAAAGUGAAAAUAAACUGAUAUUUAUGACAUAUAA